AAACCUAAUGAUGUCGGCAUGCUGGUAGCUGAUUGCUGCUGAGUUUCACUUUCCUGUCUUUCAAACACAGAUGCCACAGAUCUCAGCAGAACCUUCUGUCUCCAAACCGUGGCUGCUGGAUCCAUCACACUGCAUUUAAGCUCCAUCCAACUCUUAAAAGGAGACACAGAACCAUGGCAGUGACAACCAAAUUGACGUGGAAUGAGAAGAAAAGUCUACAAAAGCUGCUUGGGAACGUUUCCUUGAGGCUUCUUUCUACGUCUAGUGCCCACAGACAUUUGUUUGAUAAGUGCCAACUUCAGGGAUCUACUGUAACAGUAGUUUACAAUUUUUAUAAGAUUAUUGGGGUCUUUAUACCUGGGCAUUAUCCUGAAGCCAAUGAGUUUAGAGAGCCAGUAUCCUCCUUCUGUUUUGUGCUUGAAAGACAUGACGCUAUGAAAAUUACAACGGCAGUUCUAGAGGCAGAAGUGAAAAUUACUUCUGGGAAACUGACAUUUUGUUCCUUUGAUCAAACUAUGUUCUGUAUAGACCCAAGCAAAGCCGAACUUUCUAUAGAUAGUUCAUUACAGUAUAAAUUAGGAGUAUAUGCCUCUUCUGACUUCAAAUUUAAUGAAUGUGAAGUUUUUCGAGUUGAAGGAAUUGAGGAUGAUACAACCUAUGUGAGCAAGAUAACAAGAGCCACAAAGCACAGGAAUCAACUUCUAGCAGAGCUCAGAACCUUCAAGCCCAACGUAGACUUGAUUUCAGAAAUUUGUAUUCUCUUGCUGGGGCCAGUUGGAUCUGGAAAGUCCAGUUUUAUCAAUUCAGUGAAGUCUGUUUUCCAAGGCCGUCUGAUUCGCCAAGCGAUAGUGGGGUCUGAUUACACCAGCAUUACUGAACAGACUGGAUUUUCUUCAUAUACUUCAACCAAAAUGAUAUAUCACAACAGACUGAAUUCAGAAGCAGAUAUGAGAAUCCUGCUAUUUUCUAUUAAUCCAGAUACUAAGGAGCAUUGUAAAAAGUUUUGUGACUCCAUGGGGCUACAUGAGAAAGAGGGAGUAGGAUUGUGUGUGGAUGACAUACCCCACAUCUUAAAAGGCUGCGUCCCAGACAGAUAUGAGUUUAACCCCCAUAAACCAAUUAGACCCGACCAUCCUACCUUCAUCGCCUCUCCAUCACUGAAGGACAGGAUUCACUGUGUGGCUUAUGUCUUAGAUAUCAACUCUAUUGAUGAUCUCUCCUCUAAGAUGGUGGCAAAGUUCAAACAAGUUCAAAAAGAGGUCUUAAAGUGUGGUAUAGCACAAGUGGUAUUGCUUACUAAAAUGAAUAAUUGCAGUAAAACUCUUCAAGACAACUUUUUAAACAUGGAUAAAUCCAUGACUUCCCAAAGCCAGAUAAUAGAAGUCAGCAAAAUGCUAGAUAUUCCUACCUAUAAUAUCUUUAUGGUUGAAAAUUAUGCAUCAGAGUUGGAGCUGGACCCUUUAAAGGACACUCUGAUCCUCUUUGUGCUGAGGCAGAUGUUACGGGUAGCGGAUGACAUUUUAGAGGAUUUGUCUCUUGAGGAAACAGAGAAGAAGACUGGAGGAGACUGAACUGCUGGAGACAAGAAAUGAACAUAAAGGAGGGAGAAUGUUUCACUUAUCUCUGGAUGAAGAUAUGAAUUUAAGCGAAUUAAAAGAAGCAGAUAUUUCACAAGGACCUACAUGUUAUUUCUGUGAAAAAAAAAAAACAAAAAAGAAAAAACAAAAUGUCUUCCUUUAAUGACCUCA